AUAAUCUCGAGGCAUCGGGCAAAUCUCAUCUACCAGUCUCCCUCCUUCCCUCCCACCGAGCGCACCGAGAAAGAAAUUUCCCCAGUUUUCAAAAGAAAAAGAGAGGAAUUCCCCAGCAAAGGAGGGGGAGGAAGAGGAAUUCCGAGCUGCGAAUCCAACGAUGCGCCGCGCCGCCGUCGCCGUCACCGUCGCUGCCGUGGUCUCCUUCCUCCUCGUCGCCGCCGGCGCCGGCGCUGCCGGCUCCCCCGGCGCGGGUGGCCUUGGGUCCACGUGCCCGCGCCUGGGACCCCCGUUCCUGGACGCGCUCGGAUCGCGAUGCCCCCGCGCCAGGAUCGAGCCCUCCCCGCCUCUCGAGGUGAGAGGAGAGGCUCUCGAUAAACAGUUGAACCUUCGGCGCAGUGGUGCUUCGUACUCAAUUCUCUUCUAUGCUGCAUGGUGUCCUUUCUCGAGCAAAUUUCGACCAAUAUUUGAAGCUCUUAGCACUAUGUUCCCUCAGAUACAUCACUUUGCUGUUGAAGAAUCUUCUGCGAUGCCCAGUUUAUUUUCAAGAUAUGGUGUCCGUGGAUUUCCAGCAGUUCUUCUUGUAAAUGAGACUUCAAUGGUUCGUUAUAGGGGUACAAAAGAUCUCAAAUCUCUGAUUGAUUUCUACAAAGAAACUACAGGCCUCAAUCCAGUUGCGUAUUUUGAUCUUGAUCAGCAAGAGAGCACUCGGAGUUUGGGGUCAGUCAUGCCUGGAGGCUGGACAUUGCGUAAAAUGGCAAACGAUGAGCCCUUUGUGUUGUUGUCAGUACUUUUUCUCAUAAUGAAGGUCGUGGCACGCUUCGUUCCCACUGUCAUCUCCCAGAUGAGAGUCUUCUUGAUUGUGCGAGUUCGGAACCUGAACCUAGGAAUCAGUAGGGGAUCAAGCCAACUUAUGGAACGGGCAUUGACUGUGCUUGAUGUUAAGAGGAUUUGGAGCAAGCUUAGAUUGAGCAGCAAGACAAGUGAUCUAACAAAAGGGGCCAGUAAUGCUCGAGCUUGGGCUUCCUCAUUUGCUUCUGUCUCACUGGGUGAACCAUCCUCAUCACGGCAAGCCUAGACUUUUGGGGAAUGUUUGAUAGUCUAGCUUCUCACAUACGAUCCAAAAUUAUUUGACUCUGCUUUCCUAUCCUGCUAUGUAUGUUCAUUCAGGCAUGUGGGAAACCUCAGAAUUAAUGUAAAUUUCUGGGACCUCAUCUUGUAUAUGUCUUAGGACUUCUUUCUGUUGUUGGUUUACAGUGUCAAUGUGCUACCCUACGCCUGUGCGCCACUGUUGUCUGCGCCAGCUUGAAGCUUGGGCUGCUGACUCAAGCUCCGAAUUGUAAAUCUUGACUCUGAAUCUGAUAGGCUCCCAUGUUCUAGUGACUUCUGUUUUUCUCUGAA